UUAGUUUUUAUUCAUCACACUGUUUUGACAGAUGUGGAAACUGUGUAAAACUGCUUUCACAAAAGGUAACCAGCGUUUGUGACUGGAUGUUUCUUUUUCAUGAAAUAUAUAAUCUGCAUCACUGCCAGCCCCACUAGCCUUAAAUUAAUACCAAAAAACACAUUCCUUAGUUCCAUGCAAGCCCACAAUAAUAUUACUUCAAAAUCUUCUUGUAGAUCUAGUAAUGAAUUGAAGGGAUUGGAAAGAAAGGAUCAUGUAGUCGACCCCAAAUUUGUUUGGUCGAUGCUUAGUUUGUUAUCAUUGUAGUUCUUGAUUUUUGCCCCUUCCUACACCAAUAGUACUGCUUCAUUGAUUUUAUUGGUACAUUUACAUUUUCUUGUGUAAAUAUUGUCAAAUACAUGAACCUGGUUGGCACCAAAUUUUGAAUAGAAAUGGGUUGAAUUUUGUAUUCCUAAAUGUACUGAUGAACACCAUAGUAGUGUUUUCUACUGUGUUUACUAGGACUAUUUGCACUCUUAGAUAGCACGAGUUUUGGUGAAAAAAAAAAAUAGUGAAUCUGGCUGUUUAGAAUUCGACUCAAUCAUUUUAUUGAGGAAAUUAGCAAAUACUACUUUGUUUUACUAUACAUGUGACUGCAAUAAUUUAUCUUCUUCACGGGGCCUUCCACAGUAGAUUACGACUGUAAAAGUAUGUGAUAUCUCUGUUUUUGUACUUAUCCAUGAGCGAGUAUCUUGGAUCCUGCACUUUUACCCUUUGUGCUGCAAUCUUAUUUUCUGCAUGUGGACCUCUGCAUUGCCUGAAAUUCACAUUGCAAGUGGGUUUAGUUUUGUUGGGUUGUGAUAAUGUUGGCUAUAAUCAGUUUCUGCAUUUCAGCAGGAGCACUAGGGAAAGCACUCCAUGCAGUUUGAUUGGGGCUGCCGGCACAGUCUCGACUCCUGGCUCGACCACGAGACAGAUGAGUCCAGAGGCAGCUAUUCAGAGGUCCCGGAAUGCCAUUCUCAGAAAUAUUCCUGCAGCGCUUGAGAUAGAGGAUUUUUUUGCCCGUGCUGAGCAGUCGCAGCAGCGUCUUUUUAUGGAGAAGUAUAAUUUUGAUGUUGCAAAUGACAUACCCCUCCCUGGACGGUACGAGUGGGUGAGAGCGAUGCCUUGAGAAAGAAGAAUAGCUAUUGUUGAAAGGAAGAAGUUAGGAUUAUUCUGUCAUUACUGGAACUAUUAAUUUCUGUAAAGAGGACAGAGCCAUGGAAUAUGUGUAAUUUAAUUAUGUCUGAACUGCUGAAUUGACUAACCAUUUAGAAGUAUAAAUCACCAGACAAUGUAACAUUAGAUCUUUGAUAAAGCUAUUGUAAUUUGCAGGUAGUGAGGUUUCAUUUUUAAAGUUUGUGUUCGGUUUGUCCCCGUAAAAUUGUGACUUGUGAAAACAGUGAUUUUAGAAUUUAACUG